AUGUCCAUGCCGCGAAACACAAAUUUUGCAGCUGGCAGCCUACUACAAUGUAAGCGACUACACACUCCACCCUGCCCGGUAAACUCGCCUGACCCCUCCACGCAGAAUGUCUGUCCCAGUCCGUCACUCCUCGUCGCAUACGGCUUCGAGCAAUCAAGCAAACGAGAAGUAAUUAUCAAUGUUCUGCGAGCACGAGAAGUCACCCAUGCCUUCAUUAGAACCAAGGAGUGCCUUACCCAGAGGCAUCUUCUCUCCAAGAUCUUUGCAGUGUGCAUAAGUACGCUUGGAUGCGAAGGACACAUUGACCGAUACGAGAAGGUGGACAGUAUUAACGCGCUUCUGGGCAACCUGCGCAAGCUGUUUGAGAGGGUCAAGGGAAGGAAGUUCGUGGUUGUGAUUGAAGAUGCGGACGAGUUGAAGCAGCCUGGGCCAACGCUGCUCCCUGCUCUGGCACGGCUGGGGGAUAUAGUACCUGGCUUCGUUGUUAUAUUGACUGUCAACUCUACCCGACCGCUUAUGCUGCAUAAGGUCGGUGUACCAUAUGUGCACUUCCCGCCAUACACAAGAUCUGAGGCCAUCUCAAUCAUCACCUCCCGGCUGAGGCCAUAUCUUCCCCUUUCAGUACGACAUGAUCAAGCUGUCGACAUUGAUGAAACCGCACUAUUGAAGCUUUAUCCCCAGUUUGUCACAACGGUAUACGACUCUUUAAUAGCAGGCACGUCCUCAACAUCGAUCCUGGCUUUCCAAUCGACGUGCGACAAGCUGUGGCCACGGUUCAUCGAGCCAAUCGUCUCUCCCAAGGAGGCAACGACAAACGCAAGAUCGUGGACGUUCUCUCGACUCCUAGUCCAUCAUCGCGGUCUGUUCCAGUCGGAAGGUGAAGAAACGUUGCACCAUACAUUGAAGAGAAUACCGCAGCGUGAUGGUGGUCAAGAUGGCUCCUUGUCACCGCCUCCAAACCCCUCUAUGCAUGACCCGCCACUCCUGAAGCAUUUCCCGACGCUCGUUCUUGUUUCCGCCUACCUUGCAAGCCACACUCAGCAAAAGCACGACAUCCUACUCUUCUCACGUAUGAGCUCCGGCUCGAGCAAUAAGAGAAUUCGCAAAACGCCCACGAAGAGGAAAUCCGCGUCGACUCCGACUGCGACACCCACUAAAGAAACAGCGACCCCGACCAAAUCACCACGCACCAAGUCUAUUUUCUCUGCGGCCGCAAAUCUAGGCAUUCCACGGCCGUUCACUCUCGAACGCCUUGUGGCGAUCUUAAGGGCGAUUCAUCCGUAUGGUUUGGGGCGUGGCCAAAGUAUGACUGAUCGAAUAUACCGCGAGCUGGGUGAGUUGGAAAAGCUUAGGCUCGUCGUGCGUGCAUCUGGCAUCGGCGGCUCAGUUGCCGCUGGUGAAGAUGCAGCGGACGAAAAGUGGCGGGUGAAUGUAGCUAGGGACUGGGUUGUGGGUAUGGCACAGACUUGGGGCUUGGGUGUCGCCGAGUACGAAUUAGGCCAAGAUUCGUGA